CCAAUCCUCAUCUGUUCCUCUCUGGAGGAAGCUGUAGAGAAAGAGAUUUUUUCACAGGUAAGUUGCAGCCAGUCUCCUGGUGGAACGCAUGAGAGGCAGAGAGAAAGAGAGAGAGAUAGAAGGACUGUGCUUUGGACUGAGGUGCACCAAAAAGUGGAGCUGAAAAUACGGAGUGAGGCAUAGAGGAAUAGCAGGAAGAACCUUUGGUUCUUUGUGUUCUUAGAAAGGUAACUUCCUGCUUGUCUCCAUCUAUUGCCAUAUAUAGCUAAGCACCCCUACCAACUGCCGCCAUGGGUGAAAUGGAGAAAAUGAAAAAGGAGGCUGAGACCCUGAAGACGCAGAUUGAGGCGGCCCGCAAAACAGCCCUAGACACCGACCUGGCCUCUGCAGCCGCAGGAGCUUCUGCUGUACCCACCAUUCAGUUGAAGACCAGGAAGACACUGAAGGGUCACCUGGCCAAAAUUUACGCCCUGCACUGGGCCACAGAUAACAAGUUAAUGGUCAGUGCCUCACAGGAUGGUAAACUCCUUAUAUGGGAUACCCACUCUGGAAACAAGGUCAAUGCAGUUCCCCUUAAGUCCUCAUGGGUGAUGACCUGUGGAUAUGCCCCUUCUGGAAACCUUGUGGCCAGUGGUGGCCUUGAUAACAUGUGCACCGUCUACAACUUGAAGACACCAGUCGUAAAGAUUGUGAAAGAACUGGAUGCACACACAGGUUAUCUUGCCUGUGCUCGCUUCAUUAAUGACAAUGAAAUUCUCACUGCCUCUGGUGAUACCACAUGCGCUCUGUGGGACAUAGAGAGCGGCAAGCAGAAGACAAUCUUUCUGAACCAUAUUGGUGACUGCAUGUGUCUAGCUCUGUCCUCUGAUAUGAACACAUUCGUCUCUGGGGCUUGCGACUCUUUGGCCAAACUGUGGGACAUCAGGGACGGCCAGUGCAAGCAAACCUUCCAGGGUCACACCAGUGAUGUAAAUGCCAUUUGUUUCUUCCCCAGUGGAAAUGCUUUUGUUACUGGUUCAGAUGACUGCACCUGCAAGAUGUUUGACAUCCGCUCUGACCAGGAAGUGCUCAACUACCAGGACGCUCAGCUCAAUAGCGGUGUAACAUCACUGGCCCUGUCCUUGUCUGGCCGUCUCAUGUUUGCUGGCUAUGACAACUUCAACUGCAACAUCUGGGACUCGCUUAAGGGCGACAAAGUUGGAGUGCUGUCUGGCCAUGACAACAGAGUGAGCUGCACUGGAGUGCCAUCUGAUGGCAUGUGCGUGUGCACUGGCUCAUGGGACAGCUUCUUGAAGAUCUGGAACUGAGCUGAUCCAGUGGCGAAGCCAAAGAUUAGGAGAGGGAGGGAAAGAGACAAAAGGGAGGAAUAAAACUAUAGUUGGAGAGCAGAGGUAAAGAAACUGGGAAGAAAAACAAUCCAGGUAUUAAUAUAGUGUCAGGGGUUAUUUUUCAAACUUUCAACUUUUUCAACAGUUUUUUUCUCUCUCUCUUUAUUCCUCCUGAGUUCUGAAAAAUAAGUGGAAUAUAAAAUUGUGUAAAGAAUGUCCAUCCAAAUGCACCACAGCAUGCAAACAUGAAAAGUGUUUAACUAUCACAUCAUAAGAAACAAUAAAAUAACCAUUUCUGAAUAUAAUAAAUGUUAUAUAUAUGCUGAAUAAAAUAAGUGCUAUAUAAAUGUAAACUAAUAAUAAUAUUUUAUUGUUCUUGGAAUACAAUUACACAAUAGAUAAAAAAAAUAACACAACAAACAAGGUAAACCAACAAUGAAAGAUGAAAAAAAGAAAUAUUCUACAGAGCUCAGAAAAUUAUAGACUUUUUUUUGUCUCAGGGCUGAACUGUCCCCACUGCUAGCUGAAAGUUUGUAUGUAAAUUUGUAUAUUUUAGGUCAUUUAAUAGGGUGCAGAGUUAAUGUACAGUGACUUUUGUCCCGCACCCUCAGUUUACAUGUCUGGUACAGCUUGACAGCUGCCAUUGUGACACAUUAAAAAUGUUGGCAACUCAUCUAGGCCAUCUGUUUGCUGUAAAAUGGUCGCUAUCUUUUAAUUAUCAGACAAAACACAAUAAAGUAUGAUUCAGUCCAUUUGCGACUUUUUUAUGGACUUUCAAUCUCCAGAACCUCACAACACAAUGUUUCUGUAACAUACACUCAAUUUCCCUCCUGCAGAAUUUUGUAGUUCUUUUACAUUGCCACAGUAUCUACUAAAAAAACAUAAUGAAUCAAUAUGGUUGUUGAAAACCUUUCUAAUAAACGUAGAAUUCUGCAUUAAACAAUA